UUAAUUAUGAAGGUUCAUUAAAAUUUCAAAUUUUGUGAAAGCAGAGAUCGGAAAGCUUUAACUUUUACUAUAAGUCAUGAAGCAAAUUCUAUAAAAUAAUUAAAAUAACACCGAAUGACGUGGAAGUUUUCAUAGGUUAACUUUCUAUGUUAAGAAAAUUAUAUACAAAUUUAUGAAUACUUAUAUGAAUAAAACUACUAAAAAUGUUUGAAGUAAAUGAUGUGCAAAAAAUUGGUGUGGGAUUGGCAGGAUUUGGUAUAGCAUUUCUCUUUCUGGGUGUUUUGUUACUAUUCGAUAAAGGAUUACUUGCAAUUGGAAAUAUUCUCUUUAUAUGUGGCUUAGCUUGUGUUAUAGGAUUGGAAAGAACAUUUAGAUUUUUCUUUCAAAGGCAUAAAGUUAAAGCAUCAAUAUGCUUUUUCGGCGGUAUUAUUGUAGUUCUAAUUGGAUGGCCAUUGAUUGGAAUGAUCAUAGAAACAUAUGGAUUUGUUCUACUUUUCAGUGGAUUCUUUCCUGUUGCGAUUAACUUUUUAAGAAGAAUACCCAUCUUAGGCACAUUUUUAAAUAUGCCAGGAAUAAGUAGUAUAGUAGAUAAAUUGGCUGGUGAUUCUAAUAGAACAACGCCUUCUAAAUUGUGAUUUUGCUGACUUAUAUUUUGAACAUGGGUUUCUCAAACUGGGACCUGCAAUUAGGAACAGAAGGAACAAGGUAUACAUGAAAAACACAUUGUAUCCGGUCCAUACAACUCUAAGCUUUCCAACAUUUGUAUUUUAUUCAAAUAAAUAUAAAUAAAAAUCAUAAUUCGACAAUUUUACUCGUAUUUAUCUUAAACAUAUUUACAGUAUUUCCUCAAAAACUGUUAAAUACAAUAAGUUAACUUAAAUACAUGGAUGUUCUGAGAAUGUGGAUGAGCUCAAGAUUGUAGAACUGAGUUUGAUCUACACAAUUUUUGCCUAAAAGGUUCGACUACUCAGAAAGCAGCCACCCGUGAUUCCAUACCGCCUCACAUUUGACAAUAAAAUAUAUGUAUAAUGUUAAAUAGGAUUUUAAUGGAAAAAAGCCAAUUUAAUACUUUAGCAUUAUGAAUAUGUAUUUCCAAAUUAUUCUAUAACGAAUUUAACCUAAAAUACAAGAAAUACAUAUUCAUAAAUAUACAUAUAUUUUAAUACAAAAAGGUAACUUGUGCAAAAAUGAAAUUCAAAUACACUUGGUUUUGCUAAUUUAAAUUGUUUUUAGAUUUUUCUCUUUUUUUGUUAUGGUUGUUUAUUGCUUAAUUUACAACAAUUUCUUGAUUUCAUCGUACAAGACCAAAACGAAAGCUCCACCAGUACCACGGAGGAUAU